AUGAAACCACAGGAAGACGAUGAUAAACACAGAAAACCACAGGAAGACUAUGAUAAACACAGUAAACCACAGGACGACGAUGAUAAACACAGUAAACCACAGGAAGACGAUGAUAAACACAGGAAACCACAGGAAGAAUAUGAUAAACACAGGAAAACACAGGAAGACGAUGAUACACACAUGAAACCACAGGGAGACGAUGAUAAACACAUGAAACAACAGGAAGACGAUGAUAAACACAGGAAGCCGCAGGACGACGAUGAUAAACACAGAAAACCACAGGAAGACGAUGAAAAACACAUGAAACCACAGGGAGACGAUGAUAAACACAGAAAACCACAGGAAGACUAUGAUAAACACAGUACACCACAGUAA